AAAUCAGGUGUCAUGUCAUUUGAAUCUCUGACAUUCAUUUUCAUAAUAUUUACACUUGUACCCGUAAAUACUGUAUUGUAAUAAUAGUAUUUGAUACUUAAGUCUUGUAUUCGCAAAGAAAACAAGCUUAUCCGAAUAUUUGUUGCCGACUUGCAGUUUCACCAAAUUGAAGUGAAGUGGUGAACUGCCAUCCAUGGCGAGGAAUAAGUUGACCAGCAUUCGCUUGGGCCAAAGCAUAGCUGAAGAAAAGCAACUUCUAGCCGAGGAAAAGUGGAUUAUAGAAAUUCUAGCAGAUAUAAAUCGUAACAAAAAUUCGUUGCAGAUCGAGAGACUGCACUUUGAACAUGUAAAAUCUCAAAUAUUAAAGGGCAAUAAAACAGAUCCUACUGAUCUGAACCUUCUUACAAAUUUAGAUAAGAAUGAAGCUUUGCCGUCACAAAUUGGUAUUCAGGAACUGGCAGAGAAGCUCUCCGACAAGAACUUCUGGUCUGAACAGCCGCUAAAUAUUUCUGGGUAUGAAGUAGCAGCAGGUCUGGAUGAAGUUGCCUGUAAUAAUGAGAAAUUAAAUCUGUCUAUGACUACCUCUGUUUUUGCUAACAGAGACCUGGAUUCGUAUGACAUGGAAGAAGAGGAAGAUGAUGAAGAAGAGGAGGAUGUGGGUCUGGACAACUGUGAGAUAGAUAUGAACAUGUUCAUGCAUGGUGAUCCAUAAUGGUUGACAAGGCAACAAUUGAUUUAUCCACUGUUGGCUCUGCAAACGAAAAUUUUGAUCAGCUACUAAUGUGAGAAGUCUGUGUUCUUAGAUCUUCUCAUAAUCACUAGCUUGAAAUGCCUGGACGCUAAGUUAUUGUAGCUGGUUUUCUAAGAUUUGUUGUUUAGUUUUAAGUUAUAAAAUAAAUGAUAUAUUUGAUUGAU